GACGAAUACGCCGCAGCAUUUGCACCUCCAACCUACUCACCUCACUUUAUCCCUGUACUGUCGCACAACGACACCGUCAACCUCCCCGCCUUGUGCACCCUCCUCUGGAACCGCUCCAACGACUUCUGCGGCCUCAUCGCAACCUCCGCCCGCGCAAUCCACCCCCUCACAAAAGCGUUCCCAAUCCCUCCCUCCGCCACCGACGUCGUCCGCCGCGGCGCCGAACACCUCAAAGCCAAAUGGCGCGCCAAACCCUUCUACUGCGUCGGCAAAGCCACCGCCGCCGCUGCUGCCGCCGCAGGCUUCCAGCCCGCCGGGUGGGACACGGGCACAGCUGCGACCCUCGCGGGCCUGAUCGUCGACGCCGGGUGUCAUAAACCGACACCGUACUGGCUCGCGCAUUGGGAGAAGGCCAAUGGGAACAUGCACCUACCGGAAACGUACCUCUUCCUGGGCGGGGAUAAAGCAAGCGAUGUGCUGCCGAAACGGUUAGAGGAGGGUGGGGUAAAGUAUGAGCAACUCACGGUGUAUGAAACCACCCCCUCACCCACAUUCCACGCCGACCUCGCCUCCCUCCCAGCCUCGCCAACCCCACAACACAAGAGACCGUGGGUAGUCUUCUUCAGCCCCUCCGGCGUCGACAUCGCGCUCAGAGCCAUCCGGACCCACCCUGGAUGGAAACAUGCACGGUUAGCUUCGAUUGGACCCACCACGAGUGAACGGAUCGCGGAGUUGGGCGAGGUGGUGGAUGUUGAGGCACCGACCCCUGGGGUUGAGGGGGUGUGGGAGGGGAUACGG